GCCACAGUAGCAAGUCUACUUGCAUCUAGUAAAGCCUUUGAAUUAUCUCCCCAAGAAGUGUUGGACAAAAACUCCCCACAAAUACUCAGUGAAACGGGCAUCGAUCCCUGUACCUUGGUAGACUCGCCAAAAGCGAAUGCCAGCGUGCAACUUGGCAGCUGGCUAGAAUGCGCCGUAAACGGUUUUUACCCGUUCCCAGCAAACAAAAACUGGCCCGAGGGUCACGCAACCUCUUUCUCAAAAGACAUCAGAUUUACAUUCAACGACACACACUACGACUUUGAAGGCUCACGAAGGCUUUACAACACAUUCAACACAACCCUAGGCGUCGCUUUCGCGCCCUUCAAGCACGGCUUCAUCAACACUCUCGGCAUCCCCAACGCCAAUGGCGACAAGGGCGGCUUCGUGUACAUGAUUGGGUGGGCUGGUGGAUUCCAGACGCGCAUACAGCGCGAUGUCUACUUCACCAAUGCGGCGUUUGCAGUAGUCAAGGAAGUGGAGGGGGAGAGGAAGAUUGUUGAGUUUAGAGAAAGCAGUAAUAUUCCGAAUACUGCGAUUUUGCCGCCGCCGGUUGAGUGGACGUGCGAGUUU